UUGGUGCUGUUUUGCUUGGAUACGUCACGCGGAGAGAUGGCACAUGUUUAUUCGCGGAUCACGUCCUCAUCGGUAAGUUUUUCUUUAUUAUUCGACGGCUUUCCCGAUGUAUCUUUUGUCGUGCUCUUCUCGCGAUCGUUUUAGAAGGCAAGUUGCCCAAUACCUUGAAUAGCUAAGCAGCGAAUGACGCGCGAAGAAUCGGAGCAUAUUUUAAGUAAAUGUCAAUGCUGAUCUAUUCGCUUUUUCGAGACUCUCAUUGCGACGUAGAGAAGUUAAAAUUUGGUCAAUGUUCGCGGGGAUUAAGAUGAGCGAAUUUCGCGCGAUAUGUGAAUUGUAUAAUACAAUAAGUUUUCAAUAAAUCAAUGGAGUUGAUCUUUGCAUAUUUUAUGGAGAUUUUCUCCCCUGACCUUAAAACUUUCUUUGUCGAGUACGGGCCGGUAUUUGAGGAAUUCCAUAUUUUGAAAGCGUACGUGUUAGAGUUCAAAUUUUCGCCGAAGCUAUCGAGCAUGUUUGAAUUUACGAUUAGGUAUUUUAAAUUUGACGUAACAUCUCGGCCUUUAGUUCGACGCUUAUCAUCGCUAAUACUAUCUCUUUCGACGAAGUGCAUUUUUGCCGACCAUGAGACUUCCGAUUGAAAAUACACCGAAUACAAUGAAAAUUAGCAUAAAAAUCGCGCGAUGCAAGAGAAAUCGCGUAAACGUAAAUGUUGGAAGUAUCUUUCACUCGAGGCUUCAGUCGAGCACGAGCAAAAAAGAAAAACCUGUUACGACUGAUACGUCGGCUCUUACGUCGGAAAUUACACUCGGCUGUGUUUCCUUUCCUUUUCGAUUCACGAGCGCUCCUGAAUUAAAAUCUCUUCUUUCAGACUGACAAUUGCGCUUCUACAUAGCCUUGAAUAAGACAUUUUUUUCGCAUUGCCAUUCUUUCCAACGAAACGUCAAUUUUUGCGUCGAAUUGAUCUCAAUUUCGAUAUUAUUUAUCGAGCAAGUGCUGGACACAUUUAUAUUUAUUUAUUUUCUGAUAAAAAUUAGAAGGCGGCUUUUAAAUUUUUCAAGGAAUUGAGAAAAAUCUAUUGCGUUAUCUUCGAAAAUUUCAAAGUAUCGAUAACGUCAGUUUGUAUAAAAUAAGCUUAUGAAAUUUUUGAAAGAAAACGGCCGCAAUAUUUUACAAUUAUAAUUUUUCGAUAUAUCCCGAUAGAUUGCAUACAAACUUGACAAAAGAAACUUUACAAUUGAAUAAUCUUCAAAUCAAACUACAAAACCGAUAGAAAUCCAUCAUUGUAUCAGCAAGUAUGUUGUACCUAUGACGCUCGCUGUUAAAAAUUGAACCGCGAAUCGAAUCUGCAUACAAAACAUCCAGCUCUGUCGAGGAAAGGUUGAUUUUUCAUUCAAGAAUUAAUUCAGAUCGAUGCAAACUAGCACAACCGGCUCUGCACACAUGAUCCGGGCUUGAAAAUCUCUAUGAGAAUCUCUCCAAAAUAUAAGACAACCAAACAACGCCGCACUGCCAGCGCGUAAACUCAAAAAAUCACGGCCCAAAGCUGCAGUAUCUCAAACCCUCUCGGUGGACGUUUUCGCUUUGGUUAUGCUUAUGAUACACACGCACACACACACACACAUUCACAUACGCUCGUUCUGCCGCUGCUGCUGCCCCCGUUCAACAGUUCUCACCUAUAGCUAUAUAUCUUAUAUAUAUAUAUAUAUAUAUAGCGCGGUGUUCCCUUGCUUUCUCGGCUCGGCUCAUAUGUUGCCAGUUGCAGUAGCACCGGAGUCAGUCGACAGUCGUUCUCCGAUCUCGGCACGCUCGUCCGUCACUGCGUUCUUCAGAACAGCUGUCGCCUUAGCCAUCACAAAGGAAGCAACAUGCCGUGCCCUUUCCUGACCCGCCUCUCGGCGAACUACGUGCGCAACUACGGGGCCUCGAUGAUCAUGAACUACGGCCAGCACUGCCCCGUCAUGUCGAGACUGGCCAGCAAUUUCGCCGCCGCGGAUUCGUCUGCUAGCGAGGCGGCGGCCGACCCGAGCGCAAGCAAGUGUCCUUUCCUUUCGAAGGAGCGCGAAGCCGUCAAGGAGGCUAGCAACGCUGUUAAGGAAGACGUCAUCAGCCUCGCCGACAGCCCCAAGGAUGACGGAGCUUUCAAGUACGAGGACUUUUUCCACGACCAGAUCAUGCGCAAGAAGAAGGACCACUCAUACAGGGUCUUCAAGAAGGUCAACCGGCUGGCUCAGGAGUUUCCUGCGGCCAUGGAGUACUCCUGGGGAGAGAAACCCAUCACUGUGUGGUGUGCAAACGAUUACCUGGGAAUGUCCCGUCAUCCGGAGGUCACCAAUGCUGUGCGAGAAGCAUUGGACAAGUUCGGUGCUGGCGCUGGUGGUACCAGGAACAUCUCUGGUAACUCGAUGGGCCAUGAGCUGCUGGAGAAGAGAUUGGCUGAGCUGCACCAGAAGGAAGCAGGACUACUCUUCACCUCGUGCUUUGUGGCUAACGAUUCCACUCUGUUCACCCUAGCCAAGAGCCUUCCAGGUUGUCACAUUUUCUCUGAUGCUGGGAAUCAUGCAUCUAUGAUUCAAGGAAUCAGAAAUAGUAACGUUCCAAAACAUAUCUUCCGGCACAAUGACGUCGCACAUUUAGAAGAAUUACUUUCGAAAGUCGAUAAAAACAUUCCAAAAAUCGUUGCCUUUGAAACCGUUCACUCCAUGAGCGGAGAUAUUUCGCCGCAUGAAGAAUUGUGCGAUGUCGCUCAUAAAUACGGAGCGUUAACAUUCGUGGACGAGGUGCAUGCGGUGGGUCUGUACGGCUUCCAUGGCGCCGGCAUCGGUGAGAGAGACUACAGUCUCCAUAAGAUGGACAUAAUAUCAGGCACCUUGGGCAAAGCUUUUGGAAAUAUAGGAGGGUACAUUGUCAGUUCCGCUAAAUUGAUAGACAUGAUAAGAAGUUAUGCCGCUGGAUUUAUUUUCACUACAUCACUACCACCCACUGUUCUUUACGGAGCAUUAGCAUCUGUAAACGUUCUGGCUUCCGAUGAAGGUAGAUCAUUGAGGGCAGCCCAUCAGAAAACUGUGGCCUACAUGAAAUCCAAUCUCAGUUCUGCUGGAAUCCCUAUUAUUCCUUCACCUUCGCACAUCAUUCCAAUAAAGAUAGGAGAUCCACUCGUGUGUACCCAAAUUGCUGAUACCAUGUUGAAGGAGAAAGGCCACUACGUACAGGCAAUUAAUUAUCCAACUGUAGCAAAGGGUGAAGAAAGACUGCGGGUAGCCCCAACGCCAAUGCAUUCAGAAGCAAUGGUUGAAAAAUUCGUGCAAGAUGCCUUGGAAGUGUUCGAGCGUUUGAAUGCCCCUAAAGUAGAAGUUGAGAAGCCAACGGAAAUGGCCUCGAGAGCUAUUUUAGUGCACUGACAGGAGUCAAUGUAAUAAAUGUAUUAUGUUAUAAAUUGUACAUUGUGAACCACCAGAAAACAGAGUUUAUUUAUGUUAACAUAAUCCUGUUCAAAAGAGUAUGUAAUUCUGAUGUUAAAAAGAGAAAAUAUUUAAAUGAAGAAACUAUUAAUCUGAA